CCGGCUCCUCCCCUUCAGUCUUGCACAGGUGUACCGGCUCCUCCCCUUCAGUCUUGCACAGGUGAACCGGCUCCUCCCCUUCAGUCUUGCACAGGUGAACCGGCUCCUCCCCUUCAGUCUUGCACAGGUGAACCGGCUCCUCCCCUUCAGUCUUGCACAGGUGAACCGGCUCCUCCCCUUCAGUCUUGCACAGGUGUACCGGCUCCUCCCCUUCAGUCUUGCACAGGUGUACCGGCUCCUCCCCUUCAGUCUUGCACAGGUGUACCGGCUCCUCCCCUUCAGUCUUGCACAGGUGUACCGGCUCCUCCCCUUCAGUCUUGCACAGGUGAACCGGCUCCUCCCCUUCAGUCUUCCACAGGUGUACCGGCUCCUCCCCUUCAGUCUUCCACAGGUGUACCGGCUCCUCCCCUUCAGUCUUCCACAGGUGUACCGGCUCCUCCCCUUCAGUCUUGCACAGGUUUACCGGCUCCUCCCCUUCAGUCUUCCACAGGUGUACCGGCUCCUCCCCUUCAGUCUUCCCAGGUGUACCGGCUCCUC